AUGCAUCCGAUCAUCUUCCUCGCCAGGAUGGAUUUUACUCAAGGCAAUUUGUUUGGGUACAUAGAAGACCUGCAGGAACUCACUGUUAUAGAACGGCCGGUGCGCAGGAGCCUCAAGACACCAGAAGAAAUAGAAAGACUGACAGUCGAUGAAGAGCUCAAUGAUAUUGAGAGGGCUGUUUAUCUACUCAGCUCUGGACAGGAUAUCCAAGGAACAAGCGUGGUGGCAAAUCUUCCUGUUCUGAUGCGACAGAAUCCUACAGAAACACUUAUUCGGGUUUUGCCAAAAAUCAGGGAAGUGCUGCAUGUUGCAGGAGUGGAAAUGCAGUUAACAGCUGCUGUUUCAUUUUUGACUGUUCUGCAAGAGGAAUCAGUGUCCAUUCAUACGUACUCCCACUCCUUUCUACACAUCAUUCUACAGAAUCUGGAACACAGAGAUGCAGGUGUCAGCAAUGCAUGGCUAGAAACUCUACUUGCUGUAAUAGAAGUUUUACCCAAAGAGACUAUUAGACACGAGAUCCUGAAUCCACUUGUUUCUAAGGCACAGCUUUCUCAAACACUUCAGUCCCGCUUAGUCAGUUGUAAAAUUAUGGGAAAAUUAGCUAACAAAUUUGAAACUCAUAUUAUUAAAAGAGAGAUUCUUCCGUUGGUAAAAUCACUGUGCCAGGAUGUAGAAUAUGAAGUUAGAACUUGCAUGUGUCGGCAACUGGAACAUAUAGCUCAAGGAAUAGGGACAGAACUAACAAAAACCGUGGUGCUUCCUGAAUUGGUAGAACUGGCAAGAGAUGAAGGCAGCAGUGUGCGUCUUGCAGCCUUUGAGACAUUAGUGAAUCUGCUUGAAAUGUUUGAUGCAGAUGAUAGAAGUCAAACGGUUCUCCCUUUAGUGAAAUCAUUCUGUGAAAAGUCCUUCAAAGCAGAUGAAUCUAUUCUAGUUUCCUUAUCAUUCCAUUUAGGGAAGCUCUGUAAUGGACUAUAUGGCAUUUUUACUCCUGAGCAGCACUUACGAUUUUUAGAAUUUUAUAAGAAACUUUGCACAUUGGGUUUACAACAGGAGAAUGGACACAAUGAUAAUCAACUACAACUUCAAACUCUGGAACAGGAAAAGAAAUAUAUUUCAGUGAGGAAGAACUGUGCUUACAAUUUUCCAGCCAUGAUUGUUUUUGUGGAUCCAAAGAAUUUUCAUUUGGAACUGUAUUCUACAUUCUUCUGCCUUUGUCAUGAUCCUGAAGUUCCAGUCAGAUACACUAUGGCCAUGGGCUUCUAUGAAGUUGCUAAGCUUUUGAAUUCUGGUGUGUAUACAAUACAUAAAGAACUGGUAACACUGCUACAGGAUGAGUCACUGGAGGUAUUAGAUGCACUGGUAGGUCACCUUCCUGAAAUCCUUGAACUAAUGACUAACGGAGGAGAAAACAGUGGAUCAGAAAGCAAGUUAUUGUCUAUCCCUGACCUGAUACCUGCAUUAACAACAGCAGAACAGAGAGCAGCAACUUCUUUAAAAUGGAGAACACAUGAGAAGUUACUACAAAAAUAUGCAUGUCUCCCUCAUAUCAUAUCAAGUGAUCAGAUUUAUUAUCGUUUUCUUCACAGAAUGUUGACAAUCAUUUUGACAAACAAUGUCCUACCAGUCCAAAAAGCAGCUGCUCGGACUCUCUGUGUUUACUUACGCUAUAAUCGCAAACAAGAACAGAGGCAUGAGGUCAUUCAGAAACUUAUUGAACAACUGGGCCAAGGAAAAAGUUACUGGAACAGACUUCGUUUUUUAGAUACCUGUGAAUUCAUUAUGGAACUGUUUUCCAAAUCAUUCUUCUGUAAAUACUUCUUUCUACCUGUGCUUGAACUUACACAUGAUCCAGUAGCAAAUGUGAGAAUGAAGCUGUGCUACUUGUUGCCAAAAGUUAAAUCAACUUUGAAGAUUCCCACUGACAAACUUUUACUUCAGCAACUGGAGUUGUGUAUAAGGAAACUUUUGUGUCAAGAAAAAGACAAAGAUGUGCUGACUAUUGUGAAAAGAACAGUGUUAGAACUGGACAGAAUGGAGAUCACUGUAGAUGGUUUUCAGAAAAGAUUUUAUGAAAAUGAUUUAUUGGAUCAAGAAAAAGAGAGACAAGAACUUCUCCUUUUGGAAAUGGAACAAUUAGAAAAAGAGAAGCAGCAAAAUGAAGGAAGAACCACAAAUAUGAGUGAUAAAAUGUUUGAAAAAAAGCGUAAAGACAAUAAAACAUCAUCAGCAUUGACAAAAAAUGUACCUCUUUCUUUUCCUGGAAGCUCUUCUAGUGGUACAUCAACAGGCAAAGAAGCCAAGAAAUCCAAGUUGGUUCGAAGUCAGUCUUUCAGUACUCAAGCACUGCAUCCGAAAUACAGCAACAUAGACAAGUGUCCUAAUAGAAGUGCUGCUUCAGGUUAU